CUCGUGUAAUGACACCUUGAUAAACUAGAUAUUUAGCCAUUUUCUUCUAUCUCGUAUAUGUACUUUUUUCUCCAAGUAAUGAUAGGAGAAACAUAGUUAUAAACAUCUAGGGGUGAUAGUCGGUUCGGUUACGGUUUAACCGAACCGACGGGUCGGUUACCCGACACCAAUAAAGAGCCAAAUCCCCCCACCGACACCGACGUCGAUAUACCGACGUCGAUAUGAUUAUCGGUUAUCCGACACCGACACCGACAAAAUACAAUCGAUUGAUCGGUUUCCCGAAACCGAGUGCAUCCACCCUCUCGAGUCUUCUCUGCUCAUCCUUCUCUCUCCAUUCUGCGCCUCCAGGCUCCACCCAAUACUUCUCCUCACCUGCGAUGAACAUGCACGGAGCAGAAGUUGGAUCUGUCCGGAUUUCUGGAUCUGACUGCCGAAUCUCGCCGCCGAAUCGCGUUGUGGAUGGCGGAGAAGGAUCUGCUUCUGCCAAAUCGCCAAGGAGAAACGGAGGAACACAGGAGGUAGAGGAAGAAGGACUGAGGGAUGGAUCUGCUUCCACUGUUCUGGAUCGUGCUUCGACAAGAAAGGAGAGGGAGAAAUCGCCGGUCAAAGUUCUCGUUCGUCGCCACCAUGACCCUCGCCGUCAAAUCUUUCCGCCAAAUCUCACCAUUAGGAGGUAUAGAGGAACACAAGAGUAUGAGGAAGAAGGGAAUCACACCGAGGAAGGUGAGAUUGAAGGGAUUUGGAGAGUGACGAGUGAAGAAGGAGAGGUUUGGAGUUCAGGGAGAGGUAAUGAGGGGUGAUGGUGAGAGCAGAGAGGGAGAGUCUCUAGAGGUUUGCGGUUUUGGCGGUGCACCGAGAUUAUAUCGGUGUUGCAACCGUCGGUUGCCGGUUAGAAAAAAUCCCCCAAACAGCCAACCGAAGCCGACACCGAAUCAAUAUUUUCGUUUAUCGGUUCGGUGAAUAACCGCGAUUUUCGGUUCGGGCUUCGGUUUAACCGAAAAACCACCAACCGAUUAACACCCCUAUAAACAUCUACCUAGGGCUGGCUAUUUGGUCUGGUCUUUUUGGUUUUACUCAAAACUGGACCUUAUAACCCGGACCGAGACCGGAUAGCGAACAAUCCAAUCCUAUCUUCAGGCUUAGAUUUGAGGUAAAAAACCAUUUGGGACCGGAUGGAAAACCGGAUAAGGGAGCCCAACACCCAAAACUUAACCAACUCCUCACCUCUUGAGGCCUCAGGCCACACAAAUUCUCACAAGGCUAAUCUAAAAUUAAGACCGAAUUGGGAC